AUGUUUGAUCUCACAGACUGCGGCUUCAGCUUCAAUCAAAGUGAAGGAGGAAAGAUCCCUGCUAUCAUUGGCAGCACUAUGACGGCGCACACAUGCUCGGAUAUGUGUGGUCACAGGGAUGCUGGAGCCUUUUCCAGCAACUCAGGCCAAAGACAGGGAAACAAGAUGGACACAGGGCCAGUACAAUUAUUUCACAAUGAACAAAUGGAAAGUGUACAUGUAUCUUAUCGUGCCAAACAAGGAAUGGCCCACUUUGCGGUGGUGAAGAUAGCAGCGGUUUGGAUUCUGGCCUUCCUCCUCUAUGGACCGGCCAUCUUAUUCUGGGAGCAGCUGACAGGCAAGAGCCGCGUGCCAGAUGACGAGUGCUUCGCUGAGUUCUACUACACCUGGCACUUCCUGCUUUCUGCUUCAGUGGUAGAGUUUUUCUCACCGUUUUUAUCCGUGGCGUUCUUCAACAUCAGCAUCUACCUCAGCAUCCGUCAGAGGAGACUCGGCAGCAAGAAAGAAUCCUCUUCUCCAAAGAGCCAGGACGCUACAAAUCUGUACGGGGAGAAAGCACGCAUGAGCGUCCGAAUCUGCUGGAACUCCAUGAUGCUCAACAAGAAAAGCGCAGCAGACGGCGAGAAGCGCUCGGAGAACAACGGUCUGUCGAUGCGGUGCGUCCAGCGCUCGCGUCUGAGGCAGGACAAGAAGAUUGCUAAGUCUCUGGCCAUAAUCGUGUGUGUUUUUGCGGUGUGCUGGGCACCAUACACUCUGUUAAUGAUCGUGCGAGCGGCGUGCAGAGGAGACUGCGUGUCGCAUCACUGGUAUGAGGUGACGUUCUGGUUGCUGUGGCUGAACUCAGCAAUCAACCCGUUCCUGUACCCGCUGUGCCACAGCAGCUUCCGAAGAGCCUUCUUCAAGAUCCUGUGCCCACGACAGAGGUCCAACAUACCGCUGACAGCCCAUUCAUCCAGCACACACAGAUAG